GAUUAAAUAAGUCUGAUGCCGUACGAUAAAUUUAGUCUUGGAUCUGGUGAUUCUGGCAUUCCACGCGUAUACGCGUUACGUGUGAUUUUUCAUAUCGAGACGUAUAAUAAUCUUCCGUUGGAGAGCAAGGUGACAUAUCUCUUAAGUACUGUUUGCAAUGGCACACUCGUGGACGAAAUGCGGUCUAUGGCCGCUGUACUGCUGCGCCGACUGUUUGCCUCAGAAUUCAUGGAUUUCUUCCCUAAGAUCCCAUCAGAGGCGCAAGCACAGCUGAAAGAGCAGAUUUUGUUGUCGGUCCAAAAUGAACAGAAAGAAACCAUACGUCGCAAAGUCUGCGAGGUUGCAGCCGAGGUUGCCAGGAAUCUGAUAGACGAAGAGGGCAAUAACCAAUGGCCGGAGUUUCUUCAGUUCUUAUUUCAAUGUGCAAACAGUCCAUCGCCCGAAUUAAAGGAAAGCGCACUCCGUAUGUUCACAUCCGUCCCAGGAGUAUUUGGAAAUCAGCAAGCAAAUUAUCUCGACCUUAUAAAACAAAUGUUGCAACAAGCUGUUCUAGAUAUGACAAAUUAUGAGGUCCGAUUUCAAGCAGUACGAGCAAUUGGAGCAUUUAUAAUAUUACAUGACAAGGAAGAUAAUAUACACAAACAUUUCUCAGAACUAGUUCCUGCACUCGUACAAGUAACAACUCAAUCUAUAGAAAAACAAGAGGACGAUGCUCUUUUAAAAGUGUUAAUAGACCUCGCUGAAGCCACGCCAAAAUUUCUCAGGGGGCAAUUAGAUCAUAUAAUGCAAUUAUGUAUGAACGUAGUUGCUAACGAAGAGAUGUCCGACUCGUGGAGACAAUUGGCAUUGGAAGUUAUGGUAUCAAUGUCAGAAAACGCUCCUGCAAUGGUACGCAAAGCUGGUGCGAAAUACAUAGUAAAUCUGGUGCCGUUGGUACUGAAAAUGAUGACUGACUUGGAAGACGAUGAAAAGUGGAGUUUCUCCGAUGAAAUUAUCGAAGACGACAGUGACAGCAACAAUGUAGUUGCUGAAAGCGCUCUCGACAGAUUGGCCUGCGGUCUCGGUGGUAAAACGAUGCUACCGCUAAUUGUGCAGAAUAUCCCUACAAUGUUAAGUAACAGCGACUGGAAGUACAGACAUGCAGCACUCAUGGCUAUUUCAGCUAUUGGUGAAGGAUGCCAUAAACAAAUGGAAAGUCUUUUACCACAAAUCAUGGAGGGUGUCAUACAAUAUCUGCAGGAUCCCCACCCCCGUGUAAGAUACGCCGCCUGCAACGCAGUAGGACAGAUGUCCACAGAUUUUUCGCCUACAUUUGAAAAGAAAUUCCACGACAAGGUUAUUCCCGGCUUAUUGAUGGUGUUGGACGACAACGCGAAUCCUCGAGUUCAAGCGCACGCCGGUGCCGCUCUGGUGAACUUCAGUGAGGAUUGUCCGAAAAAUAUCCUAACGCCGUAUCUCGAUGCCAUAAUGGCUAAACUCGGAUCUAUACUAACCAAUAAAUUCCACGAAUUAGUUCAAAAGGGAAACAAACUUGUGCUUGAACAGGUUGUCACAACGAUCGCUUCUGUUGCUGAUACUUGCGAAGAACAGUUUGUAACCUAUUAUGACAGACUGAUGCCUUGUUUGAAAUACAUCAUUCAAAAUGCGAACCAACCUGAACACAAAAUGCUACGUGGCAAGACUAUCGAAUGUGUUAGUUUGAUAGGUCUUGCUGUUGGCUCAGAAAAGUUUAUUUCAGAUGCCAGCGAAGUCAUGGAUAUGUUACUCAAGACACACACAGAAGGUAAUCUACCGGACGAUGAUCCACAAACCAGUUAUCUCAUAUCCGCUUGGGCUCGAAUUUGCAAAAUACUUGGGAAGCAAUUCGAACAAUAUUUGCCAUUAGUAAUGGGGCCGGUUUUACGAACGGCUGCCAUGAAACCUGAGGUAGCAUUGUUGGACAACGAAGAUUUGGAAACUAUCGAAGGUGACGUCGACUGGCAGUUCGUCUCAUUAGGGGAGCAACAAAACUUUGGAAUUAAAACUGCCGGCUUGGAGGACAAGGCUUCCGCAUGUGAAAUGUUGGUUUGUUACGCGCGCGAACUGAAGGAAGGUUUCGCUGGUUAUGCCGAAGAGGUGGUACGAUUGAUGGUGCCGAUGUUAAAGUUUUACUUCCACGACGGUGUCAGGACUGCAGCUGCCGCAAGUCUACCGUAUCUUCUCGACUGUGCUAAAAUAAAAGGCUCGCAAUACGUAGAAGGCAUGUGGGCGUACAUUUGCCCGGAUCUUUUGAAAGCCAUCGAUACAGAACCAGAGUCCGAUGUGUUGAUGGAACUGCUGUACUCUUUCGCAAAAUGUAUCGAGACACUAGGUGCAGGUUGCUUGAGUGCCCCACAUAUGACUGAACUCCUACGGAUUUUAGAUAAAUUACUUAACGAACAUUUCGAAAAGGCAGUCGCUAGGCUGGAGAAACGAAAGGAUGAGGAUUAUGAUGAGGUCGUUGAGGAACAGCUCGUUGACGAAGACAAUGAGGAUGUAUAUACCCUCAGCAAAAUCGCUGAUAUUUUACACGCCCUGUUCUCGACCUACAAGUCCUCAUUCUUCCCAUACUUCGAUCAAAUAUGUGGACACUUCGUUAAGUUACUGAUUCCCGAGAGAUCGUGGUCAGAUCACCAAUGGGCCUUGUGUGUAUUUGACGAUGUAAUAGAAUUCGGAGGACCUGAGUGCGCGAAAUAUCAAGAAUUCUUCUUGCAACCUAUGAUCCAAUACGUUUCUGACAAGUCUUCCGAGGUUCGACAGGCAGCUGCUUAUGGUUGUGGAGUUUUAGGCCAAUUUGGCGGAGAAAGCUUCGCUCAGGCGUGCGCGGAAGCUUUGCCGAAGUUGAUAGAGGUUAUUAACGAUCCAGAGUCUAGGUCGUCAGAGAAUGUAAACCCUACAGAAAACGCUAUCUCGGCGGUAACUAAAAUUCUUAAAUAUAAUAACAAGGCGAUCAAUGUCGAUGAAAUUCUUCCACUCUGGCUGUCUUGGCUGCCAGUUGUCGAAGAUGAAGACGAAGCACCACACGUAUACGGAUACCUGUGUGACUUGAUAGAAGCGCAUCACGCAGUAGUCUUAGGAACAAAUAAUUCGCAUUUGCCGCGACUUAUAAGUUUCUUUGCCGAAGCACUGUUCAGAGAUGCUGUGCCUAGCGAUCAUCCCGUCAUGUCCAGAAUCCUUAGUAUUGUUAGAGAAAUACAGAACAACGAGACUAUAUUCCAGGCAACCAUAAUGCAGUUAACGACAGAUCAACAACAAGCUCUUCACGAGGCACUCAGCACCCUAAGUUGAAUUUUUAACAUCUUAACGUAAAAAAUAAAAUAAUACGUAUGUUAAUCUAUCUUCUGAGAAAUCUCUCCUUUGAAGAUUCUAGGUAGUUAGAUUAUACCUAUGAAACGUUCGCUGCAGCCUAGCUACACAUACACACUUGCAGAUCCAUACAUAUAUAUAUAUAUAAAUUUUA